CUUGACCUUUCUAGACUCGAAAACGUUAUUCAUAGUACACACCUCUCCAACGUCAUAACUGAGCAGACCAGCGGAACGGCGACCUCAUCAGACAACAUGUCCUGUUUUCCAUAUUACGCUAAGGGAGAGGUGAUAAAAGGAUUUGGUAGAGGAAGUAAAGAGCUUGGAAUACCGACAGCCAAUUUCCCAGAAGAUGUGGUAGAGAAACUACCAGAAGCUAUACAGGGGGGCGUGUACUACGGCUGGGCCAAUGUAGAUAAUGGACCUGCCUAUGAAAUGGUGAUGAGUAUAGGAAACAACCCGUACUACAAUAAUGAAAAGAGGUCAAUGGAAACCCAUAUAAUCCACACAUUUAGUGAAGAUUUCUAUGGUAGUACACUUAAGACAGUCAUGCUGGGCUUUAUACGACCCAUGAAAAACUUCUCCUCUUUAGAUGAACUAGUCACAGAAAUCCACGCUGAUAUACUGGCAGCCAGAGAAAACUUAGAACUUCCUGAAAAUUCCUCCCACAAACACAACAACUUUUUCUUCGGAAGUGACCAGAAACAAUCUUGAUGAUUGGCUGAUGUGAUAGCCAAUCAUAUAUCUUGUAACAUUUUCAGAUGUAGGGGAGAACAGAUCCUGGUAUCAUUCAUUAAUAGGACACAAUCAAUAGACUCCUUGUUACAUAUGCCCCUAGGAUAAAUAUAUGGACCAAUCAUUGGAGAUCUGUUAUAAACUGUGACUGUCAUUGUUAUACUGAUGUGUUGUGCAUCUAAAAUAGCUAACUUGUUGUAGUCUUAUUUAUCAUUUAACUAUUCAUCUUAUCAGAGCAAUGAAGUGCCAUUUAUAAAUAGUUGUUGCUGUAUUUAAAUUAACUGGGAGGUUAAGAAUUAGUGAGAACAUAAAUUAAGCAGACAUAGAAUGACUUCACCAAUGAUAUGUUUUUUCCAGUAGAAUUAAUAUCACUUAAGGCUGUAUGGUAUCUUACAGUGACACAAAUCUCCAUUCUAAGAGAGUUUCACUCUAAAUAAUCUGGUCAGAUAGAUACUUUUGAUCGUAAUUUCAAAGAACAUGACAAACAUGCAUUAAAUUGGGAAUAUGUUCCUCAGUUUUUGGUCAUUUUGGUAAAAUAAGGCACUUUUUAGUUAGGGGAAACAGCCUGUAUUCGGCAGUAAAACUGAGCAAAAAAAUCUGGGAGAGGUCAUUAUUUUUUCACUUUUCAAUACCUCUACCAGGAGUCGAAUUUGGGACCUCUGACUUACUUACUAGUCUUACGCUCUACUGAAUGAGCUAGAGAGAAAUUCUGCCUAGCCUAGUCGGUAGGAAGCGGCUAGUAUUUUACCAGGGUGACAUUAAGUUUGAUGUUGGUUUAUCAAGUGAAUAUCUCCUCUCCAUAUCUAGUUUACUAUAGGCCCCAGCCAAGUGAACUGAAAUGAGAUUUAUCAUAUGAUACUACUUUCCUAAGAUGUAUGCUAAUAUGUAGUGACUGUCUUAUGGUGUUAAUUCUCUUAUGUUUGAGAGUUUGGAUAUUUGGGACAGCAUUUAUCAAUACUUUUUUUUCUGUAGACAGGGAUGAUUGGGGAGCAUUUAUUCUCCACCCUUCACAGAAAAUCUCCAACCCUCGUGAUUUAUUUUGGUUGUCUAACCAAAAAACGUCACACCCUCAAGGUAGGGGAAGAUUUCAUAAACAAAAUAGCUUAUUUUCUUCAUGAUAAAACAAAGAGAAAAUGGAUAUUUAUUGUAGCAGGGGAUCAAACAUUGAAACAGCAUCAAAUAUGGUAAAGUUUCUUUUUUCUGUUAGUCGCAUAACAAAGGAUAAUUUUGUGAAAAGUAAAUUGUUCUUUUAAAAUUUGUCAUUAUUUUGUAUUACAUCAUAUCAAUAUCGUCUUGUUGCUUUUCACGUUGAACCCAAAGUGCUUUAGUUCAUUUAUAUAUGUAGUCUAAUGUUGUUGAAAUCAUUUGUAUAUCAACUACAGUCUGGGACAUUGUACAGUGUAAUGAGGCUGUGGGUUAUUGAUAUCACCCGUCCUCUCAGAAAUCCAGUGUCCAUACAGUAGUCUUUUGUUUCAUUGCAAAGCAUUCUGUAUUUUAUUUUGCUGCUUGAACAAUUUUUCGUCCUUUCUUCAAAAUGGUACCAUAAAAGUAUUAAUUUUUGUUGACUCAAAAUGUAAGCGUGUUACAUAAGUUUUAACACAUAAAAAUAUUGUCUCUUUAGGGUUGCAUGGGCAAAAAAACAAGGAUAGGUAGGUCAAUUUUUUGUUUUUGUUUUUUUCAUCAAAAAGUUUUAGGUCGGGGGUAAAAAGCUAGGGUUGGUCGGGAACCCUAAACAGACAUAUAUUUUUGUUUGGCCUUAGUACAUUGAUCAAUUGGCCCACUCAUAAUAUAUUGCAAUGAGAAAUUAUAUAGAGAAACUUCAAUAAACAGUUAUAGUUAAGCACACAAUCUAUGACAUGAAAAGCACUUCAAUUAAAUACCUCUAGAAUAUGUACGCUUACGAUAUGGUUUAGUUGAAUUGUUAGCUGUUGAGAUGUUGUUUACUGUCAUUACUGCAUCAACAAAGGUCAACUUUUGAGCGCUAACUGGGGUCAAAUAUCAACAUUUGCCAUACAAUUAAGUUAAAAAAAAAAUCUCAAUUAAUUGUCUAUUUCAUAUGAGAUUCAUAAAAUUUGCCUUUUUUUUCAUUUUAACUUGAAUGACAAAUUCUUAAGACUCAUUUCGUAAAAUUCAUAUGAAAUGUAAUCACAUGAUUAAUAAUUUUCUGGUCUUUGUAAGAGUAUAAAGUGAAGCAGUCUUUGGUGUGUAUCUAAUGUUUCCAUUGUGACGAGGUGGCCGAGGGGUCAAGGUUUCUUUCUACCUAUGAUUAGUCACUGAUUUGAUACAGGCCAAAGGUGGGUGCUUAUUUUCAUGGUACUCUGGUUUUCCUCCACCUAGCUCCAAAACCUGGUACAUCCUUAAAUGACUAGCUGUUAAUAGGACGUAAAACACAAACAAACCAGACCAUUGUGACGUGUAAUCUGAAAGGUUUAUUUUUAUAUAUUUUUAUUAUUACUUGCCGAUAUAACCAUUGGUAUAUUACACGAGUUCAUACGCAAACAUGUGACCGGGUUAUUUAUUUUUUACAGAGAGUUAUGGUAAUGAUGUGAUCAAUUUGUAUAUGCUGUAUAUAGAAUACUUUGUCAUAUCACAGGAAGCAAUGCCGUGAUUUCUUUAAUUUGCCACAGACAAAGUUCACUUUUCUUUUUAACUCUUGCCAAGUUUUUGACAAGAUAUAUCAUUCACUAGAUGUCAGUACAGCUAAAUCCAUCAUCUACAAAUCCAAAUGGGAUUGAUGAAACUGCACGUUUUAAUCAUUUCAGGGUUUCAUGAUAAAAUGGUGUCCUGGGUAUAGAAAGAUUCGGAUCCUUUUUGAUUCGUGGGAAUCUCAAACUUGUUUCAUGAAAAACGUUUAAAAAACAGAAAAAUGUAUAAAAUCAGAAUUAGUUGGAGAUCCUCUAUGUGCAUUAUAAAAUUUGUAAUUCAAAUAUAAAUUGCGAAGUGUGCACCCUUCUCGUCUUCACAAGAACAUGUACAAUAGAUGAACUUCUUUUGAUUUGUAUAUAAAUGAUCUUGUCAUACUUGAAUUUGUGAUUAAUUCCGAGUCAAAUGAACAUGAAAAUAAAUAUCACACACAAGAUAUAUUUUUUCUCUGACAUUGAACAGAUUAUUUUCUUUCUUGCUGGGGAAAAGAUUAGUACAAUAUUUACUCACCUUUGGGGUAAGACAGAAAAUCUCAGCCCAAAGGGUAAGAUGCUUAAAUGUCCAGCCCAAGAUCUUACCGAGGGCCAGACUUGUAAGAAUCUUACCCUGGGGGUUGAUAUUUUUCAGUCAAACUUCUAAAGUGGGGAAAGAUUAUUUUUCUUCCACGUCAAAUCCAUAUGGUAAUUUCAUGAAAUGCAUACAUUGAUUUCGUAUUUCCAGCAAAUCAGAGUUAUCUUUGGUGGGCUGCUAUUGUUGACAUGAAAUCAUACAAUUGACCUAACAGGGAAUCCCCCUGUAUCUACCCAAGGGUGAGACAGAAACAUGUUUCCCUGACGGAAAGUCUAGAUAUCUCUACCUAAUGGGGGAGAAACACAGCUCACAAGCAGUUAUAUACUAAAAACAUCACUUCCCUUUAUUAUCCAGUGGAACUCCUCUGUGAUGUAGACAGUGAAAUCUCAGCCCUGGGCCUAAUAAGAUCAGGUUUUGGAAGCUUUACACAAGGCUUUGCCGAGUGCUAUAAUGAAAAGAUAUCAACUUCAAGUUGCCAACUUCUUGAGAUUUCCAUGGGGGAGAAUACGCAUGCUAGAAAUUAAAACAUAGAUAAAAUGUGUGUAUGUACACUCUACGGAAAAAGUGGCAGUUUUAAAUGGCAACUUUUGACCUGUUCGUUGAGAUGAAAUAAUCAGAUCUUAGAAAAUAGAAAUAAUUUAGCAAAUUCACUUGUUGAAAAUGCUCAAUGUUAGGGUCCAAAAUAGGGAGAGCGGGCAAGUAUGGAUUUGUCUACAUCUUAUAUAAGUGAUGAACUCUACUAAUCCACAGUACUGCCAUUAGGUUGAUUUAUAUUUUGCACAACAAAUAUUCCAGUAAUUGAACAAGGUUUUUACUAUAAUGCUAGGUUGAGGUCAUGGUCUAAAGCUGUUGUUAACGUAUUCGGAAACUUCAAAUAUUAGAUUUUAGGACUUCUUCUUAGCAUGAAAAUGCAUUUUGUUAACCACUUAACCAGGUAUUUCUGUUACAAACUUUUUUUUUUUUUUUUUAUGAAUUACCGUCGAUCCAUUUACAGAUGUACAUGUGUAUUAAAUAGUCUUGUUAGCCCAGAUGGAAAUGUGCAGGGGUCUUAAAUAUUGUGUCCGUCUAUAUAUAUGACUUCACACUGAUUCAAUUGACUGAAUAUUCCUGUUUCAAAAGCCAAGUCUAUAAUCAGAAUCACCUGUUCUCUUGUUUCCCUCACUAGGUUUUGUACAUUUUAUUAAGGACUUGUUGAAUAUGCUGUUACUUGUUGAAGAUUCUAUAUUUAUUUUCCUGUUAUUGUGUUUGUAAAUUACAUAUGCGGAUUUGUGUGAUUGUGUUUAAAUGUGUAUGAUGAUUGUUGUACAGAUUAGAAUCAAACAGGAGCUGAA